AUUUGAUUGGAAUCAUUGGAUUCAAAUGACGGUGUUGUUUUUGGAUGGUUCCAUGCUGUUCCGUGCCCUCAGUCAACUUUACCUGUCUAAUUUUGCUUUACUGGUUUCGCAGCUGGUAGAGAGCUCAUUCAUGUAUGUAGUAACCAUCCUUCCAGCUACAGUAUGAUAGCUAGCCUUGCCAUCACUGUCAACAUAUAGAUUGUAGCGCCACCAACCAUUCAUUCAUUAUCCACAGAAAGCAUAAAGUUUUGAAAGUACCAUGACGGCGGGAAACAACGACACUGUGGCAAGCAAGGCGCACUGCGACCGGCAAUACUACCUGACCAAGAACACGCAGCUCUAUUGGACCCUCCAGAACACGUGGACGUAUCCGUAUGCCCAGACGUAUGUCAACCGUCUCCUCCAAGAAGCACCGGCCGUCAAGGGACCCCUCAAUAAGCAGCUGGCCGUGAUCACGAACAUUGCGCUGAAUGGAUCGAGCUAUCAUGCGGCAGAAGAACUGGCGCUCUCCCUGGGUAUGCACUUGAUCCUCUUGAGUGGAAAGAAAUUGAGCAAAUUGAAACAAGUGGAAGAAGCGUUGCUACGAGAAGCCAGACAACGAGGAGUCGCCAACAACACCAAUUACCUCAAGCCGACCGUCUACAAGAUUCAAUACGACGACAAUAGUCUCUCCUCGGUCAUGCAAGCGGCACAGGAUGUCAUGGAAAUUGCCAAUAACGGCAGCAAGGAUGGAAAAUUCCAAUACAAUGGACAAAUUCCGGUUCUCAUCCACAAUCCAUCGGGAGUUACCGUGGCCUAUGAGACCACCAAAGAGGGCAUUGAAAUCAACGUGGCACGGAAUUUUGUGGCUCCUCACCUCUUGACAGAACAGUUGCUUCCCUGCUUGAAAAAGGCUGCCACAGACACUUUCAAACCACGCAUUGUGCAGGUCAGCAGUGUGGGGCAUUGUCAAGGCACCGAUUUCGAUCCCGAACGGUUUCUAGACAUGCCCGAAGAAGGUGGAGCUCCCGAUGGGACGUUGCAACAAACUCUGGUCAAUGAAGACGGCGACAACACUCAUGUCGCGGUCAAAGUCUAUGUCGAAAACGAAGAACUCGAUGGACCCGUCGUCAUGUAUUACCGAAGUAGAAUGGCAGUCAUUGCGGAUGGAAUUGCAUUGGCACGGGAAGAGCCAUCGCUGGCCCCUGUCAGCGUGUACCCGGGAUCAGUCUCGUCGUCGAGCAAAAAGUCACUGGGGAUUGCCGAAACCAUCUAUCAAACGGGAUUCUCCGUGUUCCAACUCUCCCCCCGACAAGCGGCGCGUGCGACCUUGCGAGCCGUUCUAGAUCCCAUCUUUAACGAUGGGUCCGUGAGCCACAUGAGAGGUGCCUAUCUGCAUUGCGAUGGCAAUGCCUGGACCGUGGCCGAUCCGACCGUGGAAGAUCCUGUCACCGGGGCACCCUACAUCUUGGACGAUUACGCGACAAAAGUGCGCGAGUGUGUCAAACGAUUGUUGUCCGAACGAAUUCAGCCGACAGCCGAUGGGCCAGAGACGACUCAUGGUGACGCGACAAAGUCGCAAGAAGACAAAGGGGAGUCGGACGAAAAGGCGGGAACCGAAAAAACAUCGGACGAAACAUCGGAGGAGCCCCCAAAAGAUCUGCUGAGUGGUGACGAUGAUGAUACCAAACCAGCUCUUGAAGAAAGCCAAGUGGUGCCUUCGGAAAAUGAUUCGGAGAAGCAGGGCGAGGAAUGAAUAAUGCGUUGGGACGUGAUCGAUCAGAGUUAGCCGGGGUUUGUAGCGGGGACAUGCGUGUACCAACAAAGAGUUGCUGUUCACCUUUGGAUGAUGGCAGACUCUUCACCGUCGGCCGACAAAGAUGAAAAGUUGUUUUCUUGUUGUAACUAUGUAGGUUUCAUUUUCAUUUCUCGAUCUACCAUUAUUCCAUGUAUUUACUUCCCUCUCCGAGACACAUACCAAACAUCCACUUAGAUUACUUACUCCACAAAAGAUCUGUUAUUAACAUACCCGCGGCCAGCUCAUAAGCACAGCUCAACCAGAAAAAGAAUUCUCUUCGUGGGAAUUCCAAAUCUUCUCAAUCUCACAUCAUUCGAUUGUUGUUGCUUCUCUUGCAACAAGAGCAGCAACAUGAUGCAUUGUGCUCCUAUAACAUGCAACUCCAAU